AUGGAGGAGAGCGAACAUCUUGAGCAGCUUGGGCGGCUCCAGGGCACGGCUGGGCACUUUCCCCUUGAGUGGGCAGCCCGCCUCAAGGUGAAGAAGAUCUUAGGAGAAGGGGGCUUCGGCCGCGUUUUCUUGUGUUCGACGUCAUGCGGUUCUCCGGCCUCAGCGGAUGUGUCUGUGAAGCUGAUCCAGGGCGACUCUGCAGCGGCAAAGCAUGAAGUGGACAUGAUGCGACGGAUGUACGGUGUUUCUGAGUACUGCACUUCCACGAUUGGCGCCCCAGACUACGUCAAGACUUCGCUUGGCAUGUGGUUGAUGAUGCCGUAUUUCAACUCUGGGGAUUUUCUCGGCAUGGUCAAGCGUUGCCAUGGGAGCGCCGACUGCUUAUGCGGGAGGGAACUCUGCUGGGACAAGCUUGGGUCUCACUUCAGCAGGGCCUUUGUGCUGGCGCUGUUUUUCCAGGCGGUCGAGGGCGUGGCAGCCAUGCACGGCCAGGGAUUGGUCCACAGGGACAUCAAGCUCGAGAAUCUCAUGGUCAACUGCAAGGAGAGCUCCUGCUACGCCGCCGUCAUCGACCUUGGACUUGCAUGCGAGGAGGGCCAUGAGGAGUGCAAAGAAACGGCUGGGACACCAGGAUACAUUGCACCAGAAGCUCUGGAAGCAGGGGGCAGUGGACGUCCUGUGAGUGACGUCUUCUCCUUGGGUGUGGUCCUCUACCGCCUUCUCUAUGCAAAGCCCCCACCGUUCCUGUCGGACAGGCUCGGAAUCCAGACGAGGCUUUACCAUCCAAGCCAGGAUCCAAACUUCCAGGGCGUGCGGACGCAGCGCGACGAGCUUGCUUUGGCCAUGUUGACGCCAGACCCUGAGUUCCGCAUCUCGAUAGCCGACGUCUUGACGAAGCUGCGCGACAUCAUUGAAAUGGAGGGUCCCCCCCAAGAGGUUCUCGCAAUGUUGUCGAUUGGGCCCGUGCAGCGAGGGGCCAAGAACCCGUUUCCUCGGUGCCUCUUUGAGCAGAGCGUGGGAAAUGUGAAGGACGUACAGGAUCUUGAAGACAAGCCCUUCCAUCGUCUGGAUUGUACAGACCUCCCAAAGAGUGCUCCCUUUAAGUGCGGUUUUUGUUUCCUGUGCAACCCUUGUUGCCAAUGCAGAGUGAAGCGGCAUGGCGUGCUGGUGCCGGAAUUCUUCCGCAUGGAGUCCUGCCAGUGA